AGGGACUUACGUUCUAAGUGAGACUCUUACCAGCACAAUACUAUUCUCGGUUUACUUGACCCCAUAUUUUCGUGCACUCAGACUUAGUUCGAUACUCAUCCGCCUAGUUACCUAGGCCCCCGGGUUCCAUAACCCAACAUUGGUGCUUUCAUUGAGAGUGUCGAACACAUCAAGCGUGCUCCAGAAAAUGGUUGCGUCAAGGAGAGUGACCAGAUCGUCUACCGCCAAUCUCGGUGAUGGUAUCAGGAUGACUAUAACGGCGCCGACCGGCGCAGGUCCCGAUGAGCUGGACAUCAGCCUCAACGAUGUCGCCAGCCAAAACACCACUGACCUGCGCCACCGCAUUCCCAGACGGCGGACGGCAAAAGCCGCGGGGUCUCAGACGCCGAUACGGCAGGUGCCCACCCAGGGCGCCGGUGUGUUAACGCAGCCCCCUCCCAACGGGUUAGUCCGCGGGGGAAGCGUGGUGCUGCCCGGUGAUUUCAACUCACCAUUCUUCCAGUUCGGGGAGACCUCCGGUGCGAGGACCCCAGGUCCAGACCCUAGCGGUUUUUGGGCCAUGAUGAGGGCGAUGCUGCUCAAUCAACCCAUGACCGGUUUCCACAUGCCGGUCACGAUGCCCCAGCCAACGCUCCAGCUUGGCGAACGUCGCGAGGUCCAGCAGAAUGCGGUGGAAAGUGCAGAGCUUUUCGCCCAACACUUGAAGAGUCUGAUGGCGGACCCCCGCCUGAACCCUUUGGCCGGGGGACCCGAGAACAAGGAGCCGAGCCGAUCCCAGCAGCGGGACAACGGCAAGGGCCCGGAGCGCAGGCCCAACAAGAAGCAGGCUAGCCGUCGAGACAAGGAGACGGCGAACAAACGCCAUGAACCCCUGAAGGAGGGACAAGAUGAGAGUGAGCCACACGUAUCUGUGUUCAGCCGGAUGCGAGUCCCGGCCACGAAGCGGCUGCAUGGCCGGCGGAAUAUCCUCCUACAGAACGAAGCGGGGAAGGUUAGGAUGCCCUGCGAAGAGCAGCACUGUGACCGACACAGAGAGGUCCACCAGGAAAGACAAAAUUCCCGGGUCGAACAACCCAUUCAAUAUCCAAUCCUGAGAGCGCCCCAAGGGACGCCUGGCGCAAUGGGCGGGGGCACGGGUAGACAUGGGGACGAACGCAUCGAUCUCCUCUUGCAGAGACUGGACGCCCUAGAGAGGAAGAACGGGGCAGGACAGGUUUCCGAACCCAUGUUCAGACUUCGUUCCCCUUUCUCCGAAAGAAUCCUGAGGGCACCACUACCGAGCAGCUUUCAGAUGCCGCCUAUACUAAGAUAUGACGGGACCACAGACCCGCAGGAACAUUUCAAUCGGUACCAAACCCUCAUGAAUGUGGUAACGUUCUCCGAGGAGGUCCUUUGUAGAUCGUUCCCCGCCACUCUAGAUGGGUUAGCGUCUGAGUGGUUCAGUGAGCUGCCUGAAGGGAAGAUCGACUCGUGGGAGGAUUUAGCACGAAGGUUCCUGGUGCAUUUUGCCGGGAACAGGAAGAAGAAAUUACAUUUUUCACAUCUUCUGUCGGUCAGACAACGACCUGACGAGCCCUUGAGGGAAUUUCUGACAAGAUGGAAGCUGGAAACCACCAGAGUUUACGGAGCAGAUGACAAAACCAGGUUAUCUACCUUUCAUUUGGUCUUGCGAUCAGGUGAUUUCUCCAAGCGUCUGGCCCUGGAGAAGCCGAGGGAAUAUUCCGUCGCGUUAGCCAUGGCAGAAGAUGAGGCCGAAGCAGAGGAGUUGGAGGCAAACAAGAAGAAGAAGAAAACAUAGCACGCAAGCAAUUUUAUUACGCGAAAAAAGCGAUACAUCAUUG